AUGGAUCAGCUCGGAGUAGUCCACAGGAAACUGGUUGCUGCGGUGGGUUUGGCCACCACCAUCAUCAUCAUGAUCGUCAUAAUCAUGGCACCACCUUCGAGCGCAACCACGACUCACAUCACCAACAAGCUAAGCAGUGGGGUGCUGAGAGCGCAUUGCGCGUCCAGAAAGGACGAUCUUGGCAACCACACUCUCGCCUUCGAUGAAGGCUUCGGCUGGAGCUUCGGGGAAACGUUUGGGACGCUGUUCUGGUGCGACCUCGAAUCGGAAGGCUAUGGCCUUCAUUUCGACGCGUACGAUGGAGGGAACCCGUACAGGUUCAGUGAGCGGUGGGAGGUCCGUGACGAUGCGGUUCAUGGGAAGCAGGGGAGUUCUGGCGAGGAACUUGUUCUCGGCGUGUGGCUUCCAAUUUAA